UAUAAAUAUAAAGAGUGAGAGAACCAGUAAAGCCCCUUUGAACUGAAUUUAUAGAUUCAGAUUCAUAUUAAAUGUAGUUUAGAUUUUCAGUCUUCCCUUUCCCUCUUUCCCUAAUCAGCCAUCAGCGUUUUAUUUUGAAGGCACAGCCGGAUGUUGAGUAGUAACUGCCGCUGUCGUCAUGGCGGUCUCGAGCACGGAUUUAGGAAUGUGGAGACCAGCUGCUACGUCACCCUCAACCCGUCUGGGGUCCCGUCGUCAGAAAAACUUUUUAAAAAAGCGAAUGAAUUAAUAACACAAACCGUCCGGUUAAGGUCAAGCGAGGGGAUAGACAGCCUGCCCCGACAUGCAAUGAUUGUCUCAGCAACGUGAUACCAAGAGAUUAAAGCGGUUAUUUGUUGUUCAGCCAGGAAACCAUUUUAAAACCUCCUCCUGCGCAUUAGCAGGACACAGCUCUUCUCCCGCACUCUGUAGGGAAACAUUUUGCUGAUUGCCCGCAGUGUUUUCACAACAUUGAUCUCCCCGGGGACGCUCGUUUCCGUCUCCAUGGUAACGCGGCGGACGCCCUGCCUCGGCGUUGUCGCGUUGAGCCGCCUGCAGAGGGGGCGGAACCGGAGAGCAACGACGGCUCUUUCUCCCCGGGAAGGCGAAAUCAGUCGAAGAUGGUAAGGAGAGCUCGGCAGCGUGAGGACAGAGGCCGAAUUAUAGGUAGAUAGAAGCGGCAGUGGAGGAAUCUGUGCUCCGCUGGUUUUACCUCGCCAUUUCACGACGGAGUCUACUACCCCAUCUCCAGUGACACCCAGGGGGCCCACUCAUCAGCAGGGAUCCCGUCCCUCCUGAAUUCCCCGCUCAGCCAGCACUCUGUAAACGGCCACUCUGUACCUGCACCAGGCAUGACUCCAUCCAGCGGAGCCUCCGCCGUCCUUCCCUUUAAGUUCCGCCCGCGCAGGGAGAGCGUUGACUGGCGGCGAAUCAACGCAGUGGACAUAGACUUGGUGGUGAGUCAGCUGGAUGUGGACGCUCUGCAAGACCACAUCAGCACAGUGACCUUCUGCAGCUUAGAUGGGGAGCGAUGCCAGCGGUGCCAGAGCCCCGUGGACCCGGCUCUGGUUAAGCUACUGCGGCUGGCCCAGCUCACGGUGGAGUGGCUCCUCCACUGUCAGGAAUUCCUCACCCUCAAUCUGCGCGCUGCAGAGGAGAGGCUGGCGGCGGCCGGCAGGGAGCGCGAGCAGCUGCUGGCUCAGCAGAAGAAGCAGGAGGAGAAAGUGAAAAUGCUGACCACCGAGCUCAAGCAGAGGAAGAAGGUUAUUCGCACCCAGCAGUCCUUGCUCGCGCCACGAAUCAUCAGCAGCCAUAAGUGUACGCAGUGUGAUAAAUCCUUCCUCAAUUCCUCCUUUCUCCAGAAUCACAUGCAGCGCCGCCACCCUGACGAGUAUGAGACCCAGACACGGUCAGACAGUGAGAAGAAGUCUCAGAUUGAAAGCCUCAAAUCAGAGAUCAGCAGUCUGAAGGAGCAGAUUGUUCAGCAGCAACAUGACUUGCAAGCCAAAACAGCUCAGGAAAAAGAGCAGCAGUCCAUUCACAAAGACCUGCUGAGAGAAAUGGACCGCUUUAAGGCUGAGGAGAUGGCACGCAUGGACAGAAAGAUAGAAGACAGCAGGGAUGGCAUACGCAGGGAGAUGGAAUUUCUUUACACCCGGAAUAUUCAGGCUCUCAAUGAAGCAAAUCAGAAUCAGACAGCCAAGCAUGAAAAAUCAGCUAGUCCUGUUCACCCACAGCCAGAGAGAGAUCUGGACAACUACAAAGAGAUGCAGAUACAAGCCAUCCAAAAGCUGGAACACCAGAUGAGGAAACAGGAUAAAAAGUGGGAAUCCAGGCUGCAGGAAAUAAAGGCCCAACACGAGUCUGAAAAGAAUCAGUUACUGAACGAGCUGAGCAGAAUGCAGUCGUCUGUGUCCGAGCAACAGGAGCACAGCCAGAGGCUCCAGCAGGAGGUGGCGAGGAGGCUGCAGGAGAAGGAGCAAACCAUCAAGGCCCAGAGGGAGCAGAUAAGGAAUAUUUCCUCAAAUCCACCCACCAAAGUAGUGGAAGUGCCAGUCAUUGUCAGUGCACCAGCUCCGGAGCCUAAACCAAAGAGAGUUGUACUUGAGGAGACAGUCUGUGCUCCUAAGCUGGAUCCUAUACAGGAGCUGUCAGAAGAGGAGAAAGACUCAAACAGCUUCUCUGAGAGGAGGUCAGUGGAGAAGAAGCCCGAGCCUGUGCCAGAAAAGAAACAGAGGGCGACCUCCAGUGCUCUGAAAAGGAACACCAGCAUCAAGAAAGAUAUGCGGCCAGAUAUUGAGCAGGCUGUUCUUAUGAAGCUGGAGAACCUGGGAGUCAAACCUGAUCAGACCGGUCUGAAGAACAAAGAGCUCACUUCCAUCCUGGCCAAGGUGCAUUCAAAGAGGGACAGCUUUGCAAAGGGGAAGCCCGACUACUGGCGCCAGCGGGAGGAGAUAGCCAGCACUGUGGAGCAGAAGCUGGGUGGUCAGAGGAGAGGCAGCGAUCCUGCUCCUGAGUCACAGGCCAGAUCCAGACAAUCCGUUCAAGUGUUGCAGAUCCGGCCUCGAUCCAGCAGCCUGCCCUCCAGAGCAACACAGGUGAUGUCUGGACCUGGGGUCAAACAGCCAAAGACACCCCAGCCUGCGCCAAGGACCAAGACCACCACCCAACCCAAGACAUCCACACCCAGCACCAGGACCGCUCUAAGGAACCUCACAUCCAAGACCCCCCCUUUCAGUUCAGAUGAGGACUCUGAAGAAGAGGACACAGAUAUGGAGGAGGAACAGCCCCAAAAACACCAGAGGGGCAAAUCACCUCUGUCAAGACUAAGCCAGGCGACCCCCGUCCAAAUCAAAGCCAGUCCGGUCCAGGCCAGGUCGGCUUCAGUCAGGCACUCUUUCUCCUCCAACCCCCAGCAGACCAGGCUGUCAGUGGGUGGCGUGACCAAGACCACAGUCACACAGAUGAAGAGCGAUGAAGAGGACGAGUGGUCCGAGGUCAGCGAGCUGCAGGAGAUUGACCCGAGACAACUCCAGAGUCACAAAGACCAGAACGGCAAUGUGGACAAGAGAAACUUUGGUAAAGAAAACAAAAUCAAUGACCUGGCCAGAAAAAUGGAGAAGCAGUUUGCAGGGAGAGCGGUGAAGAAACCAGCAGGGGGCGUCAGCAUCUUACCAGAGAGGAAGGACGAGGUUCAGGAGCUCACGUACACAGAUCUAGAGGAGAGCAGUGAGUGGAUGGUCUCUUCCUUAGAGGACAGACAGGAGAUGUCUAAACCAGCUCAGGGCUCUGGACCACUGAGGAAGAGCCUGGACUCACCCAGCACCAGCGUCUGGGGAACCUCCACAGGAAGGGGUCCCAAGUCAGGUCUGACUGAAGCUGGAACAGGAAGCACCCUGAAGAGCAGCCUGUGCUCCCUCAGCGACAUCAGUGACUCCGAGGACAUUAGCAAUAAACACAGUAAACACUACAGCUGAUCAGGUGAUGUAGCUUUACGCCAAGCACAGACAUAAAGACCUCAGUGAACUCCUCUGACAUCGACAGUCCACGCCAAACAGCCAUGUUUUAUACUCCUAUUAUAUGGACAGAAAGAGCAAUACUUAACAAAAGGGUUACAAAAUAGUUUUUGUAUAGAAAAGAAGACCAUCUAAUAAAUGAGUUAGAGAUAAACCAGCGGUCUCACAUUAUGCCUCGUGCCAAUUCUUUGCUUGCCUUAGACCUUUUCAGUGUUGAACCUGAAAUAGAUUCUGUUUUGUAUUUUCAAUGAAAUAUAACCCGCACUCUAAAUGAGGCACUGUAUGUAGCUUGUUUAAGAUUUUGUACAUCAAAUUUUAUAAUUCCUUCAUGUGUUAAACGGAGCAACGAGAUGUGAUUUUGUAUAGAAAAUAUUUAUACAAGCAAUAAAAGAUUUCUCUGUGGAAUACAUACUUGAUGA